UGAAAUGCAGUUAUCCGCCAGCUAGCAAGUUUCUGAAAAAAAAUAAAAAUCUUCAGAUAGUUGUGAGCUGAUUGAAUACUUUCUGUAAACGUGGACUAUCCUGGAUGCUAGUGAUGUUAUAUCCAUAAUACAAAUCACAAUUAAUAUCAACUGUAUAACAGCACUCCAGUUGUCAGUUAUCAUACGAAUAAAUACAAGUUGUCUGAUCUGUUAGAUUACGUUAGCUGUUAGCGGAUUGGCGUCAGUCUUGGCUGUUUGACGCUCGGCAGAAACACCAUGAAACUCUACAGUCUGAGCGUUUUGUAUAAAGGCUCGACGAAGGCCAACCUUCUGAAGGCGGCGUAUGAUCUAUCAUCAUUCAGUUUCUUCCAGAGAUCCAGUGUGCAGGAGUUCAUGACAUUCACCAGCGCACUGAUUGUUGAGCGCUCAGCGUUAGGAAGCCGUGCGUCUAUCAAAGAGCAAGAGUACUUGUGUCACGUGUACGUGCGGAAUGACAGUCUCGGUGCUGUUGUGAUCGCAGACAGUGAAUAUCCCUCCAGAGUCUGCUUCACUUUACUUGAUAAGGUGCUGGAUGAGUUCUCCAGACAGGUCAACAGUACAGACUGGCCGUCUGGUUCUCCAGCAACCGUUCAGUACACAGCACUGGAUAGCCAUCUGGCUAAAUACCAGAAUCCACGUGAGGCUGAUGCUAUGACCAAAGUGCAAGCAGAACUGGAUGAAACCAAAAUUAUUUUGCACAGCACAAUGGAGUCGCUGCUGGAGAGAGGAGAGAAGCUGGAUGAUUUAGUUCAGAAAUCUGAGCAUCUGGGAAACCAAUCAAAAGCCUUUUAUAAAACGGCACGCAAGCAGAACUCGUGCUGCGAGAUCAUGUGAUCGUGAUCAAGUCUCUGAUUGGACUGGACUCUUCGGCCACAUCUCCUCUCUGGUUUUCUAUUUUUCCCCUCUCUUUCUCUCUGUCCUGGUGUAGGCUGGUGCUUUUAUCAAGCAGCAGUAAUAAUGAAGGCACGAAACGGCCGAUCUGACGAAAUACAAUAACGGGCUCCGAGGGGGCUGAUUUCCCAUGAUGCACCACACUCACUCUGCCAUCGGUUUUCAUGUUGUGUGAGAACUUUGUUUUCUUCUCGACGGUUCCUCAGGGUCUGGCACAAGCUCGAAACAGAUCCGGAUGAAGCAUGGAGGGGUUCGAGUCAAACGUCCCCGCUGUGCCUUACUUGUGUGUUGAUAUCAAACCGCUGAAUUAGCCUUAUCUCAACGGAGGACAUGCGAGUGAAAAAGCUGCAAUCUCUGUAUUUCGACUCAUUAUUCGGCGCCUUGUAGAGUGUACAUGUAGCGUGAUUUUUUUUUUUUUAAAGAUGUGAAAACAGUAAAUAAUGUGUUAAUUAUUGAUGUGUUCAUAACAUCCUGAAUAUUGUGUGUAAGUGACUGAUCAAAUUAAAUGUUUGUGUGCAAUUCUAAUGCUUUUUCAUCUUGAAGGUGUAAAUACAUUACUGAAUGGUAUUGGCUUUGGUUUCCUGCAUCGAGAGUCGUGAUUGCAAUUUGGAUUUUAAUACUUAAGAAACAUUCCUUCAAUAUGUUCAGCUGGUGGUUGAUAAUGUACAAGUGUCGUGGUGUUUGAGAGUAAAUAAUAAAGCCUUAAAGUGUGGUUUGAUGUGGAAUCAGCCCCCUUGAUUCUCGUGCGAUGGUUGUGAGUGUAAAUCUGAAACUGUGUUAGUGAUUGAUCACAUGACUCUCGCCGGACCUCUCAAAUGCUGGAUCCAGUCUAAUGAGGCUCUGCUGCUAACAGCCUGAAGGCUCGACUCACAAAUUCAUCUGCUUUUUCUCUUUCUUUAAAGCUUAUAUCUUCAUGCACAGAAGUUUGGGUAAAGCCAGGAGUAUCUGGGUGAACCAGUCAAGAACAUGUCCGGGUCUUAUUUUAUCUCAAAGUCAAAAGACACAAAACUAAAUCUAUUUUGGUUAAAGAAAAUCUAAUUUAAGACCAUGUUUUUUUUUGCAUUUUGACAAUUAAUAUUUUCAAUUUCCCCCCAAUUAGUGAUAUUGACAUUUUCUCACUGAAUUGGCAUGAGAAUUAAAUGUUCUUAUUUUGUGAAGAAAAAAAAAAAGUUAAUGCAUUUUUCACAUUUAUAAUUUUCACAAUUUAAUCAGAAUUUAUUUUGAUUUUUAAAAUAUCAUAAUUAGGACCAUUUAUAUUCUUGCAUUUGGACAAUUGAGAACAAUUUCCUCCAAUUUGUGAUAUCAAUGACACUUUCGUCCAAUUUUCUCAUGAGAAUUAAAUGUUAUUUCUAAAAAGAGAGAGAGAGAGAGAAAAAAAAGUUAAUGUAUUCACUCAAAAA